CGAGCGUCGUAGUCAUCAAGCGGCUGGUAGAAUGCAGCUACGAACACUUCUCGUGAUCGCCGCGCUUUUACAUCUGGCUUGCGGCUUGUGUGAGCGCCCGAAAGGACUUCCCAACGCUGGCGAGUUCUUCUCGUCCAGCGUAUUCAGCAACGGGACGACCGUAGACUACGUAUGCGACCCCGGUUACGACCUCCUGGGUAUUCAUCGCAGGACGUGUCACUCUAACGGCACUUGGCUGCCCGCUGCACUGCCGUUCUGCGUAACCGACGUCGCCAAGGGCAAGCUCUUGCGCACUACCUCGACGACUUCAAGCAUCUCCAACACCAACAAUGCGACUCUUCCCACCGAUGGCUACGGCGGAACCAAGUGCACCGUUUUCAAGCGCGGUAAGACCCACUUCUGGUACGUCGACCUCACCGCGUUAUACCAGGUGCAAGUUUUGCGCUUCGAUUUUGGCAUACAAGCUAACACCACAAACGUAUUCGUCGACGCGAGGGUUGGAGAGAGCUUCAUGGAGCUGGCGAAGAAUCCAGUAUGCUCCGAGUACACGGGAACGCUACCUUACAAAUCUCUCUACCUCCCGUGCGUGAAGACGCUUCGCGGAAGCUACGUCCUCGUCCACCUCUUGUCAUCCACGCCUCUAGAACUGUCCGUGUGCGGCUUUCAAGUCUUGUCCGACGUGGCGGUUCCCGUGGCCGAGAGGAUAAGGCCGACUGAGUCUCCCACGGCGAACCGCAACGAAUCUUCGGCCGAUGAUGGCUCAUUUGAGAGCUAUCCGUUUUCUAAGAAGGUCGCCGUGUUCGUCGGCGUUAUCACAGCCGUAGGCGGCGUGGGGUCUUCGGCGUUGUGUUUACUGAUCUUCCUGUCACGCUGCUGCACCUGCCGCAUGCAACAGCCCGACGAUGCUUUCCUGGAACAAGACGCCACGACGAGUUUUCCCUCGGAGCCUUCUCCAGAAACGGAGCACAGACGCCGGCGGAGGCAUCGGCAUGACGUCUUCCACGUCGUCGGAUCAGCCGACUCUGCUGUCCGUCGUGGCUAGACGCUCUACGAUGUAUUGUGCCACAAGGAACAAAAAAUAUCCAGAAGUGCCCCAGCACGUCGAGACACAACUCCAAGACGUUUCCACGACGAGCGCCGACUCGACCCUGCCAGUACCAGGAAGGGUCGCCUUUGACUCGCAAACUUAUUAAUUACCACGAAUCUCGACUCUUGUGACUAUCUCUGAUUAUAGUCUGCCAAUCACGAGUCGAAGUGCUUACUUCAUGCGAAUGAACACUAAGAAUGUCGUAAAAGCUCUUUGACGAUUAGUGCAAGGAUUUCUUGUAUUCUUUGUUUCUACUGACGAGAAGCAUCCGUUUUCUUCCCUUGCAAGAAACACAAUUUGAUGCGCAUGCGUUCACGCGCGAAAAAAUGCUGUUGUCAUUGAACUUGAUACAUUAUAACGCCUUCACAGACCAGCUCCUCUUUUGUGUUGUCGGAAGAAAAUGUAAAUAAACUCACGUACAACAUCAGC